UCUGUUUUGUUCCCGUAAUAAUUAGAAUUUCACUAGAUGGCGUUAAGAAAAACUUUAGCUACUCGCCUAUAGGUGGCAGUGUUAGUUAUUAUUAUUAUUAUUAUUACUCUGACAGCUCAGUCUGAGUCAGUGCGUUGCCUUGCCUGCGUUUUUUGCUUUUUAUCUUGUGAAACUUUAAUAUUAAUUCGCUGAAUGCUCAUCAUCAAGAUAUGGUUAGGAUUUCGGAAGUGUUGUAUAUCUCUGAUUGCAUUAAUCUAAGCCAAAAUGAACAUGAUAGAAGUUGAUCCGAAACUCUUCAUCAAAUGUCGGUUAUGUUUGGAUGAAACAGGGCAAUACCAAAUAGUGCCUAAUGUCCAAAUGCAAAUCAAAUACUGUUUUGAUAUAGAUGUUGAGCCGUUUGAUGGUCUACCACAACUAAUUUGUAAAAAAUGUGAAUCUAUUUUGAGCCAAUAUGCUGGUAUAAAACAAAUUUUUCAAGAAAAGCAAAAAAAUCUGAAGUCCAAAUUGAACUCAAAUGUUAAAAUAGACAAUAUCAUUCAGCAACAACAAGACACUGUAAGUUCCACUCAAGCUGAAACGGAAAAUAAAAAUAAAGUAGAAGAGGCAACAAGAAACAACAGAAAAACACCAGUUCCCAAAAGAUCUUCUUCUACGGAAACUGUAAUAACCAAUUUGAGUCACAAGAGAAAUAGAAAGACAGUUUUAGGAAAAAAAUCUGUAAAAGCUUGGGAAAGCAAAUACACAAAAUAUUUUGGGUGUCGAUUUUGUCCGAAAUUGUUUAAAGAAAAAAAAGCCAUUAACAAUCACAUUCAAAAACAGUGCAAAUUGUAUAUGAAAUAUUCAAAAAUAAAUAAACCAUUCUGUUUAGUGGCAUUAAAUAGAAAAGGAUCGGAGCCAAACCUCACUGGUUCAAUAGAAAAUGUUGUUUGUGAUGAAAACAGAAUUAUUCAGUCCAGGCAGCCAAAUUAUUAUAUUCUUUACACUAAUAACUCAAAUGAUCGUUUUGACCUGUCUGAUUCAUCUGAUGAAGAUUUUGUCUUUGAUAGAAAAAAACGUAAAAGACAACGUCUGAUUUCUAGAAGUUCAAACGAAACUGUUGUGAUUGAUCAAAAUUUUGAGAAGAGGACUGAUUGUGAAAAAUUUGCCAAAACUAGAAAACCUAGAAAAGAUAAUAACACACAGAUUCUUUCCGAUAUUGAAUGUGUAGAUAUAGAAGACUCUGACAGCAACUCUACAAAAAGUAGUGUAAAAACGAACGAAUCGGUAACACCACAUCGUGAACAAACAAAAACAAGCAACGAUGAAAUGAUUAACAAUAUUAUAAUAAUGUGUUCUAACAAGUAUUUGAAUAGGUUGAACGCAUCUGAAGCAGGAAACACUAAUAAAGGCAGAGAAGAAUCGUCUCUUAAACAUAAAAUACUAAGCAUAGGAAGGAAAGUUAUUCACGGUAAAGGAGUGAAUACAACUGGACUGUUACGAUAUAUGGAACAUAAAAAUCUUGAAGUAGUUUGGGUUCCAAAAAUAGACACCAAAGUUACAAUAAAAACCAGAUCGAGAGAAAGUGGAGAUAUUAAUAAAAAUAAACAAGGUUGGGAAAAUAUUACAUCUGUUCAUAAAUAUAUAACUGAAGAUUUUGCUCUUGUUUUUGAAAAAGAAUUAGCACAAGAUGCUUGCAUUAACGAGAAUAGAAAAGAUAGCCAGUUAACUCAACUUGACCCUCGAGAAACGAGAGUGUGUCAAGAAAAUUCUAAUGAAAAAGAAAAGCAGGCAAGUACUUCAUUAAAUUUUAGCGAUUUAACGGAACUUGACAUCCAAUCUGUUGGAAAUAGUUCAAAUAACGACAAUGUUCCAGACAAAUUGCCGACUUGCGUCGAUACGUCUGAGGGGAAAUCAAACGAUAAUAAUUCUCAUUUACGUGCUGUGCUGGAUGCGGACAGAAAUUGGACAAAGUUACUAAAUGCUAAUCCAGUGGCAAACCCUAAACAGCUACCGAAAAAGAAUACCUCUAACGAGCCAGCAUCAAUUGUCAAAAUAUACUCAAAUGACUCUGAAGUAAUUGAACAUUCAGAACAACAUAUAGAAAAAAAUGACGAUCUGCUUCAUAUGCCUAUUAUAGCAUCUACUGUGUCACUUGCGCCGCCAGCUAAUGUGGUAGAACAGCCGAACGUUGCUUAUAACAAUCAAAAAGCGAGUGAAAACAAUAGCCUUACUAGCAGACCACAAUCUACGCUACCCAAAAUCAAAGUUAAACCUGUAUCUGAGCUAAUGUCUAAUGAGGCACUGAGCCAACGAAAUCCAUCAUCCUUUGUUUCAACUACGGGAUGGACAGUAAAUAAUGAAAGCCAGGGCCAAAAUGUUGUGCUGCAAGCAAAUGACAGUAACAUGGUUUAUUUAACAAACCCACAAUUUGCAAGUGUUGUUCCUGUACAAAAGGAUCUGGUUUAUUAUCCACAGACGCAGGAUGUCCAAACAGUUGGAUUUAAUUCUUCUAUUAAUCAGCCAGGAUCAAAACCAGUACCGAAAAAUCGUGAAUACGUUAGAUUGAACACUGUUGAAUUACCGAACACGAGAACGGACGCGCCGUUUCGAUAUUUUCAAAAGUUACUACAAAUGCAUAACUUAGUUUUGUUAGAUAGCAUACAUGCAAUAUUAAAUAAAAUGCAGUGUCUUACGAAAUUUAAAGUGGUUUUUGAACAAGAGAGCAACUCACCAGUAAAACUGUGUUUGCUUUUAUAUUGUCAAAAUAAUAUUUUCUGUAUAAAAGCAAAUGACCACAACAUGAAAGAAUUAGAUAUAGCUAAGUUUUCAGCUAAUUGGCAAUGGGAAAUACUAAAGGUUUUUAAAGGUGACGAUGUCGUCCCUAAACUGCUCGCAAGUGCCUCUAGAUUUGGUGUUCCAAUGUGCAAUUAUACAAGUUACUUUACAAAUCUACUACGGUCAAUUGAGUUUUCCAAAGACUCAUAGUAGUUGCUAGCAAUCUUACUGCUGCUAUACUUACAUUUAUGUUUUAUUAAUUUUGUAAAAUUUUAUUACUUUUCAGGCAUUUCCCAGAUAUACUACUAAUUAAUUAUAUUACUACCAGUGGGUAAAUAGUAGUAUUGGGAUUAUUUUGUCAGUUAUACUGCAAGUAAGAAAACGGGAACAAAUUGUUUCAACAUUACUACUAGCAGGAAGUGUAAUAUUUUUUUCCCAAGUUUAACUACCUGCCAUAACUAAUAAUGUUAUUAGAAAAACUGUAAACUUAUAAUAUGUAUCUUCCGGUAGAUAAAUUUAAUGUUCCUGUUAUAGUUUUGGUAAUAGUGUAAACAUGACGUAAACAUAAGUAAUUAUUCAAUUCGGAAAGACAAGUCCCACUAUUCCUACUAGUAGUAAUGCUGAAACGAUUUGUUCCCAUUUUUCCUACUGAUAUGAUUUUGAAUUUGAAUUUAUGCAAGGGCUUAUUAACUAUCGUUUGGUGGAACUUUCAGAUUCACUUUUUUUUUUGUUUCUUUACUACUACUACUUUGAACCUUUGGUGGGCGAGUAUGACUCGCACUUGGCCGUUGUUUUUGGUACCCAUUACUCGUACCUUUAGGGGUGUUUUUAGGGUUCCGUACUUUCACACUAAAUUUAAAAGAGAAAACUAAAUAAACUCGUGAUAUUCGCAAUAAAUUACUAUCACAGAAGCUUGUUGAGCACAGAUGACAACUGUGCCCAACAAAAAAAGCUAAACUAUGACAGACAAAAAAUGUGGUUUGUCUUUAUCACUCUUCAUAGCUUUUCCAUACACUUAGCUUGCUCUAACGUGGUAUUUAUUAUUAGGUAAUUUGGUGUCGAGUAGGUGGACUCGAUGAUUCUUUGUCUGAGCAUAAAUACACAAGCCCGCCAGAGAUUUGGUUUGUGUACAAUGCGAAGUUAAACGCCUCGUGUUCAGAUUGGACUACUAGUUUUGCGCGCACUAUAAGUGUUAACCUAAAGGAGCGCGAGGUUGUCGCCAGGUACUCGUCAUCUCCCACUAGUAGCUUUCUGACUUAAUAUUUUAGUUAUUAUCAAAGGUCAAAAAGUAUAUGUAAACCUAGUUGUUUUAUGUUAAGUUUGUAUUAAGUACCUAUUUAUUUUAUAGUCAUGGGUGUAUUGCGUCCUGAAAUGCAAGGUCGAGUGAAAAAUGUAUUGUUGCACGCAAAUAGUCGAAUUCCGGUCGUUUAAAUCGCAAAAUUCUUUUUGUAAUACGCAAUGAAACUCAAUGACGAUUUAAACGCCGCUAGUAAAAUGCCGCGUAUCUAAUAUUUGACUUAAUCGAUACCA